AACAAAGGGGGAGGCCACCAAUUAAGGUCAGCAAUGGUUCUUUCUGUUGCUUUUCAAUUUACCCCCUUUAUAUUUGAAACCUAAAACCAUAGCCAAAGACAUUAUUAAGAAAACACACACAGACGCAAAAAAAAAAAAACAUACAAAGGAAGAAGUUUCUUACAUCUUUGAACACUGUCUCUUCUCUUCUCUCCUCCUCUUCCUCCUACAUUCUUUCCAAGGGAGGGUUUGACAAUUGAUGGGUUUCUGUUGAAGAAAACCCUAAAUUUUGGCUCAUUGAAUCAUUGGCAAAACUUGUUUAAACAAAGGGAAAAAAACGGGUUGAAAUUUUAUUGAGUGGUGGGGUUUCAAUAGAUUGUAUGGCAACAAGGGAAAAAAACACAGAACUUGACCUUGAAAAAGGUUUAACCAUUAGUGACGAAGAAGAUCAAAUCAAGAACCCAUUUUCAAGCCUUAAAAACAAGGCACAAAUGUUGCUUUCAAAGUUCUGCUUCUCAGACAAUGUUUCCUCGGACGAGAGAGUGUCAUUAUCCGGUGAUGCUUCGGAUUCCGGUAGUACGGAAGCAGUGAAUAAGGAAGGCCAAGAUAACAAGGGUGUUAUUGGUAAAGAGAGCAACAAUGAAAAUAAAAUUAACAAUAAUAAUAAAGUAAGGAAAGAGAAACGUAAUAAGAAGGCCCCAAAGCCACCAAGACCACCAAAGGCACCAACAUUGGAUGCUGCUGACCGUAGGUUAAUUAAGGAGUUAGCUGAGCUUGCUAGAUUGAAACGUGCAAGGAUUGAGAGGAUGAAAGCCUUGAAGAAGAUGAAAGCUACUAAGGGCAUUUCUUCUAACACCACCAUUUUGGCCAUGGUCUUAAUUAUGAUCUUGUUAAUUGUCAUCAUCUAUCAUGGAAUGGAAUCCCGAGGUACAUCGACAAAAUCCGGAGGGUCGGAAAUGAGAGUAGGAGGUGCAAUGGAAGGAGGUCUAUUAUCACUUGAGUUAUUUGGAAAUCCAUCUUCAAGCAUUUCCAAUACCGGAUCUCCCUUCAUGGCAGAUCAGGUUGCAGGUUUAGAAACUGAGGUGGUGGAGCAAGUGGAGGAGCAGGUGACAAGCGGUGGAGCUGGUGGUCAGAAGAUUAGCAUGGCAGUAGCGGCUGUAGGCAGUGCAAGUGGGAUAGACUCGUUCAGCCCACUGCAUCUUGUUGCUUUAAUCCGCUCCAUUGCUUCACUGCAACUUCAAGGAGAUAAGGUUUGUAACUUCAAUCUACUCUACCUUAUCUUCAAGGAGAUAAGAUUUGUGGUAAUCCGCUCCUCUACAACUUCAAAGGAAGAUAAGACUACAAUCUUCGGCCUACUCCUUUACUACCUCAGGGAGAUAAAGCUGGUGGCUAAAAUCUGCUCCCCUGCUACCUCGGGAAGAUAA